AUGAUCGGAUUAAGGUUUACAGUGACGGGUUUCCUGUUGGUGAUGGCACUCUCCACCACAGUGUUUGCUGCUACGUGCUCCAACACGACUGCCACAAUACGAAUAGAAAUGAAGAAUGGUAAACGAAAACCGAUCAUAGAAACGCCAUGCUGCAGUGGUUACAAACGACAGCGGGAUAGAAAAUGCAUACCCAUAUGCUCUCAAGCGUGUGAGAACGCCAUCUGUACAGCACCGGAAUAUUGCACCUGUAAACCUGGUUUUACGAAACUAUCGGACUACAGAUGUAUUCCGCACUGCGAAGACUGCGAUAACGGUAUCUGCACAAGACCGGGCUUCUGCCAGUGUCACUACGGGUACACCAAGGCCGAGAACGGGGCAUGCGUGCCCGAGUGCAACAACUGCGCCAACGGAUUCUGUUCCGACCCUAACGUAUGCCAAUGCCACGAUGGGUACGAGUUCCAGGGAUUCGGUGAGGCACGAUCCUGCCGGCCCGUCUGCAAGGGAGGCUGCCUCAACGGCCAGUGUAUUGCUCCGGACGAGUGUCUGUGUGCGGAAGGCUUCACCAACGACGGUUCGACGGAUGAGUGUGUUCCGGUGACCUCACCGAAACCGCCGCCUCCUCGCUGCCAGGAAGGAUACGAGGAACGAGAUAGCGAGGAUGCGGGCAACGUGACCUGUGUUCCGAUCUGUUCCGAGCCGUGUCGAAAUGGAACCUGCGUUGCACCCGACCGUUGCGAGUGUUUGGCUGGGUUUUCGACGGAAAAUUCAACCUCCCCGUUCGUCUGUCAACCGGUGUGCUCCGGAGGGUGCGUGCACGGAGAUUGUGUUGCACCGGGAAAGUGCAUUUGCCACGCGCAGUACGGGAAAAUCGGCGACGAGUGUAUACCGCUGUGUGAGAAGUGUUCGCUCGGGCAGUGCGUCGCUCCGAACGUUUGUGAGUGUGAUCGUGGAUACCGGCUGAUCGAGGGAGACUGCGAGCCGAUCUGUGAAACGGAGUGCAAGAAUGCCGUUUGCACCGGACCGAACGCAUGCACUUGCCUGCCCGGGUACAACUACACCGACAUCAACGCGCUGUUCGACUGUCUGCCGGUUUGCGAUGAGGAGUGCAUCAAUGGAAAGUGUGUCGCUCCACAGACGUGCCAGUGCAACGAAGGGUACGUGCAAGAUGAAGACGUGCGUUCGAAAUGCCUCCACCCGGUGGAAGUGUGUCGUAAACGAUGCAGCAAUGGUCAGUGCCAUGGUGCGGAAUGCUACUGCGAUUCGGGCUACGUGAAAAGUCCCACCGACGGCCAUUGCGAGAAAACGUGCCAGUUCGGUUGCACCAACGGUGACUGCAACGCGGGCGAAUGCCUGUGCCACGAUGGAUACCGCCUGUCCUCCGACAACAGCUCGCUCUGCGAGCCGAUUUGCGGUGAGGACUACGACUAUGCCGGUACCGGCUGCGUCAAUGGUCGGUGCGUGCGCCCCAACGUGUGCCAGUGUGACGAUGGGUACGAGUUUGUCGACGCCAACCAGACUCGCUGCGAGUCGUCGGAAGAGAUCGCCCGGAAACGCCAGCUAAAGGAGCGUGUGGCGAAGUGCAAGCAGAACUGUAUGAACGGGAUGUGUAGCGGAGGACAGUGCGUGUGUUUCACGGGUUACGGCCAGCCGGAAGGCAACCCGUGUACCUGCGUUGCGAGCUGCAAGGAACCGUGUCAGAACGGGACCUGUGUCAAACCCGAUCGCUGCGAGUGCCUCACAGGGUUCGAGUUCGUCGAAGGAAGCAACAGUGUGUGCCGAUCGAAGGAGGACCUCGCAAGGGAAGCGAACGAGUUGUGCGAGUCGCGCUGUCAGAAUGGAGCCUGCGGUGAUGGCAUCUGUCACUGUAUGAUCGGCUAUCGCGCUUCACCGGAGGAUCCUUUCGUGUGCCUCGCGGUCUGCAAUAGGCCAUGCGUGAACGGAACUUGUGCCGGAAACGAUCGUUGUCACUGCGCGGAAGGCUACAGUCUCAGCGUGACGGACGACCAUCUUUGCGAACCGAUUUGUUACCCGCCGUGUAGCAACGGAGCGUGCGUUGGACCGGACCAGUGUGCCUGCCAUCCUGGCCACAUUCCCGGGGAGGACAAAAACUCCUGCAAGAGAGAAGAAACUCCGGAGGAAAAGGCUGCCCGAGUGAGACAGGCUGAGUGUUUGCGAGAAUGCCGCAACGGUGUGUGCGCGGAGGGUGUCUGCAAGUGUGUGGAGGGUUUCUACCACGAACAAGGCAAUGUGCUUCGAUGCGAGCCAUUCUGUGAGAAGCCUUGCGAGGCUGGUCGCUGCAUUGGAAACAAUACUUGUGAGUGUUUCAAGCAAUACGUGCUGACGGAGAAGUUUGUCUGUAGUCCUGUUUGCACAGUCGAUUGCGGGAAUGGCGUAUGUGUGGAACCGAAUGUGUGCCGCUGUAACGAGGGCUACGAGAUGUCCCUGGACAACCAAUGCAAACCGGUCUGCGGGCCUACGGGAUGCACCAAAGGAGAAUGCGUGGGUCCGAAUGAGUGCGUUUGUCUGAAUGGAUAUGUUCCAGAUGAGGAGGAUCCUACUGUUUGCCACCUAGAACCCAAAGUGAUCGUCCAGUCUUAUGAACAAAGCGCGAACAACGAUUACUUCAAAAUAUCCUACAUCCACUACUUCAUACCGGUGAUUGCGGCUGCCGCGCUGAUCGCGGCCAUCCUCAUCGGGAAACUGAUCGUGCGCAACCGCCAGAAGAACUACCACGUAGGCAAGCUCGGUAACGUAGCGCGGCGACGGACGGCGGACCGGAAACGCGCCGGCGGCAAAGCAUUCGGCAAACGUGCCCCCGAUGACCGUACCACCGAUUAUAACGAUUACAAUCUGGUCGUUCUCUUCCCUACAGAGAGCAAGGAAAACUGUGUCUACUUCAUGCCGAACCCGCACUCCCAAACCGACGAGCUGACCAAAUUGAAUCUCGAAAUUGAAACCAUUUGAAGCGAGCGGGCCAACGCAACGGAACGAAACACGCUUUUCAUUCGGAACGAAAUGUAACACGUGACAACAGCACCGAACCCAAACUCAUUCACCUCAUUCGCUCUCCAUAUUCGGCUCGUCCGUUGUUGGUGGUUUGCUUGAUUUUUGCCACACCUGGAAAUGGAAGAAGGAAAA